AGGGAGGCGGAAGAGCUUCUGGGUUCUCUGCUCGGGAGUCCCGGGACCGCUGAGAGGCCGCCCGGGGUGCAGGAGAGGACUGCUGGCGGCGCGCGGGCCGCUCUCGGGUGCCGGGCCACGGCUCUGAGGCAUGAGGAGCGGCCAUGGCCAGUGACGGGGCCAGGAAGCAGUUCUGGAAGCGCAGCAACAGCAAGGUCCCGGGCAGCAUCCAGCACGUGUACGGAGCCCAGCACCCCCCUUUUGACCCGCUGCUGCAUGGCACCUUGCUCAAGCCCACACCCAAGGUGCCGACCACACCGCUCAAGGCCAAGAGGGUCAGCACCUUCCAGGAGUUUGAGAGCAACACCAGUGACGCCUGGGAUGCGGGAGAGGACGAUGAGCUGUUGGCCAUGGCGGCGGAGAGCCUCAACAGCGCGGUGGUCAUGGAGACGGCCAGCCGUGUCCUGCGCAACCACAGCCAGCAGCAGGGGCGUCCUGUGCUGCAGGAGGUGGUGGGGCCAGCGCAGGAGCCGAAGCCUGCGGCUGAGCCGCCUCCUGCUCCCAGCGGAGACCUGCGGCUGGUGAAGUCUGUCAGCGAGAGCCACACGUCCUGUCCUGCAGAAAGUGCCAGCGAUGCCGUCCCACUGCAGAGGUCCCAGUCUCUCCCACACUCGGCCGCCAUCACGCUCGGGGGGACGCCGGACCCGAGUGCCGUCGGCAGCUCAGCGCUGAGUGAGAGAGAGGCGUCCCGGCUCGACAAGUUCCAACAGCUGCUCGCUGGCCCCAACACGGACCUCGAGGAAUUACGGAAGUUGAGCUGGUCCGGAAUCCCUAAGCUGGUUCGUCCGAUCACAUGGAAGCUCCUCUCAGGCUAUCUCCCUGCCAAUGUCGACCGAAGACCGGCCACGCUGCAGAGAAAACAGGAGGAGUAUUUUGCCUUCAUCGAACACUAUUACCAUUCUAGGAACGACGAGGCUCACCAGGAUACGUACAGGCAGAUCCACAUAGACAUCCCUCGGAUGAGCCCUGAAGCAUUAAUACUUCAACCCAAAGUGACCGAGAUUUUUGAAAGGAUCUUGUUUAUCUGGGCGAUUCGUCACCCUGCCAGUGGGUAUGUGCAGGGGAUAAAUGACCUCGUCACCCCUUUCUUUGUGGUCUUCCUUUGCGAGCACACAGAAGAGGAGGACGUGGCUGCCGUGGACGUGUCCACCAUGCCCGCGGAGGUGCUGCGUGACAUCGAGGCCGACACCUACUGGUGCAUGAGCAAGCUGCUGGAUGGCAUCCAGGACAACUACACCUUUGCCCAACCUGGGAUUCAAAUGAAAGUGAGAAUGUUGGAGGAGCUGGUGAGCCGGAUCGAUGAGCAAGUUCACCGACACCUGGACCAGCACGAGGUGCGAUACCUGCAGUUUGCCUUCCGCUGGAUGAACAACCUGCUGAUGAGGGAGGUGCCCCUGCACUGCACCAUCCGCCUAUGGGACACCUACCAGUCUGAACCCGAGGGCUUUUCUCAUUUCCACUUGUACGUGUGUGCCGCUUUUCUCGUGAGAUGGAGGAAAGAAAUACUAGAAGAAAGAGAUUUUCAAGAGCUGCUGCUCUUCCUGCAGAACCUGCCCACGGCCCUGUGGGGCGACCAGGACAUCGGCCUGCUGCUGGCUGAGGCCUACCGCCUCAAGUUUGCCUUCGCGGAUGCCCCCAGUCACUACAAGAAGUGAGCUGGGCCACACGCAGCCGCCACGUCCCGAGCUGCACCCCACCAGCUGGCUGGCCGCAACCCCGUUGUGCUGGCCCUCGGCCGAAGGGAGGCUUGCUGGGAGCCCGGCCUUUGGGAGCUGGCCGGGGUCAGCCCAGCAUGCCUAAGGCUGCUUCCUAGGAUACCAAAGAACGCCAAGGGAGGUCUCAGCUUUGGGGCCAAGAUGGGCCUGGCCUCCCUCGCCCUGUCCUGGAGUGUCCUUGCCAAAUGACCACCUCCUGGAGCCCCACCCAGGCAGCCCUGGAGGCAGACACUCUCAGAGAGCCAGAGCUGGGGUUCAGGGAGGUGGUGGCCAUCUCGUACCUACUUUGAAAUGCAAAAGUGCUAUUCUGUUGAGAGAAUAAAGCGCAGACAAACUAA